CGCGAGGUCGGGUGUAGGCGGCUCUGACUGAGCUUCGACUUCUCGACGGACGGACUGACUGACGGACGGACACCAUGCCGCGCUCCCAUAGGCCUCCGCCGACCGCCCAGCGGCCCGCCAACGCCACGGGCAAUGCCACUGGCAACGCUGCCGAGCCCAAGCCCGAAGGCGGCAGCCUGGCCACGACUUUCAAGAUUUUUCUCCUUUUUGCAGGACUGAUGGUUAAAGUUCCUGUGGGCUUGUAUUUUUCCUGCAAAUUGCUCCUUUUCCAGAGUCUCCUGUUAAUGUCUCCUGACGACAGUGGCUUUUACGCGACCAUCGUGGCUGUGGUGGGGCUGCAUGUGGUGCUGGCGGUGUUCGUGUUCAUCGUGUGGAAGGAGGGCAUGCCCGACUGGCAGGAGAACAAGAACGAGUAGAGCAGCCCGGGAGCUGCGACCGCGGGGGGCGGGGGGGGGGGGGUUUUUUUUUUCAUCCGU